AUGGUGCUGAAUACUACUAGUUGGGAAAUUGUUGCGUAUGUGCAAUUGAUUUUUUUUGCAAUUAUGCUUAUUGGAUUGGGUGUGGUGGUUGUUCAAAAGUGGAUGAAGGGAACGGACCGUGGGAUCAUUAAGAGGUUUGUGGGAUAUUUUGGGAUAUUUACGGUGCUCAAGGUUGCCGGAGGGAUCUGUGGGAUCGUUUUGCUUCAUCAAUCGCAGUAUAGUAGUGGAUUGACUAUGGCGACUUACAUAUUGGAUAAUGUUAGUUUGGGGUUGCUUAUCAAGAGUGUGUUGCCGUUUUUAGAAUUGAUGGUCACGGAGAAGGACCCAGAGGCACUCGUGGAAAACCCCUUCAAGUAUGAUACGGGGUCAGAGGACCAGAUGAUGAAUGUUAGGAAUGUGGGCCUCGGGAAGUUGGUGGGUACUACCCUGAAAAAAAACUUGCCAUUUAGGGUUUUGACGUUGAUGAUUACGGCUGCUGUUAUUUGCACAAUUGUCGGUGCUACUGGAAUCAACUCCAAUGGCCUGAAUAGUGGGUCAUCGCCCAUGAAAGCUGGGUCGAUUCUUUUUCUUGUUAUUAUUAUUUUUAUGGCUGUUCUCAUCGCGUGGGGUCAUAGUUUGAACGAGGACCAUCGAACUAUGGCCAAGAUAUUACUUGGAUCUAUCGCUUUCUAUAUUAUCAGAGCAGUUUAUUCGAUUUUGUCGUCGUUUGCUGGAAUCAAUUUUGAAAACCCCAGUAAGUUUCUCCUAAUUUUUGGUGAAUAUCAGUACUACACUUUCUUGGCUUUCUUGGAAGAGUGCAUCAUCAGUAUGAUUUUAUUAGUUAAUUUGUUCGUGUUCCACUCGCCGCCAGUAAUACAGUGA